AAUAUUGCCGAAUCGACCGCCAUAUUGUAAUGUCAGAUUUCUGUGACGCUAUUUGUGUGUACUGUCGAUUUAUCUUACUGAAAUUUGUAGUAAACGGUGAUAAAUAAGUGCCCGUGAUCUAUACAAUCGAGGUGCAGGGGUGCAUUGGUGCAUCCACACUACCAUGAGUUAUCAGUUGCCAUCAUCACAGAACCGCAACAUGUCUCACAGCAAUUACGGUGGAUCUGAUGUGCCUAUGGCUCCAAGCAAAGAACAACAGACACUCAUGUGGCAGCAGAACUCCUACUUGGUUGAUUCUGGCAUUAACUCAGGAGCCGCUACUCAGGUGCCAUCACUUACCGGGAAGGAAGAUGAUGAGAUGGAGGGUGACCAACUCAUGUUCGACCUGGACCAAGGGUUUGCGCAGGGUUUUACCCAGGAACAAGUUGAUGACAUGAACCAGCAACUGUCGCAAACGCGUUCCCAACGUGUCCGCGCUGCUAUGUUUCCUGAAACCCUCGAAGAAGGCAUUGAGAUCCCUUCUACUCAGCUGGACCCUGCCCAACCCACUGCUGUUCAACGACUUUCUGAACCAUCGCAGAUGCUGAAGCAUGCUGUUGUUAACCUGAUCAAUUACCAAGAUGAUGCUGAUUUGGCUACUCGGGCUAUACCAGAGUUGAUCAAGUUGUUGAAUGAUGAAGAUCAAGUGGUUGUAUCUCAAGCUGCCAUGAUGGUCCACCAGCUCUCGAAGAAGGAAGCAUCGCGCCAUGCCAUCAUGAAUUCGCCACAAAUGGUGGCGGCUUUAGUUCGCGCCAUAUCGAAUAGCAACGACCUGGAGACAACCAAGGGAGCCGUUGGAACCUUGCAUAACUUGUCUCACCAUCGUCAAGGUCUAUUAGCUAUCUUCAAGAGUGGUGGAAUACCAGCAUUGGUCAAGUUACUCAGCUCGCCAGUGGAAUCUGUCCUCUUCUACGCCAUCACUACCCUUCAUAACCUACUAUUGCACCAAGAUGGGUCCAAAAUGGCUGUACGACUGGCUGGGGGUCUCCAAAAAAUGGUGGCUUUGCUGCAAAGGAAUAAUGUAAAGUUCCUUGCAAUUGUGACUGAUUGUCUCCAGAUUUUGGCAUAUGGAAAUCAAGAGUCAAAGCUUAUUAUCCUUGCUUCUCAAGGGCCGAUCGAGUUGGUACGAAUUAUGCGUUCUUACGACUACGAAAAGUUGCUGUGGACCACCUCAAGAGUUUUGAAGGUACUUUCGGUGUGCUCAAGCAACAAGCCUGCAAUUGUUGAGGCUGGGGGUAUGCAAGCUCUGGCAAUGCACCUCGGUAAUGCGAGCGGCCGUCUUGUCCAGAACUGUCUCUGGACAUUGAGAAAUCUUUCUGAUGCUGCCACUAAGGUUGAGGGCCUAGAAGGUCUCUUACAAAGCUUGGUACAAGUCCUUGCAUCCACUGAUGUGAACAUCGUCACCUGUGCUGCUGGAAUCCUCUCUAACUUGACAUGCAAUAAUCAACGUAAUAAGGUGACAGUGUGCCAAGCUGGCGGUGUGGACGCGCUGGUUCGCACUGUGGUGUCUGCUGGGGACCGCGAGGAAAUCACAGAGCCUGCUGUUUGCGCACUGCGGCACCUCACCUCGCGCCAUCUGGAGAGCGAGAUGGCUCAGAAUGCCGUACGUCUGCAUUAUGGAUUGCCGGUGAUAGUGAAACUGCUGCAACCACCUUCUCGCUGGCCACUGGUGAAGGCUGUUGUCGGAUUGGUUCGCAAUCUGGCACUGUGCUCGGCCAACUACGGGCCACUCCGCGAACAUGGCGCCGUUCACCAUCUUGUUCGUCUUCUGAUGCGUGCAUUCAACGAUACUCAAAGACAGCGGUCGUCGGUUUCGGGCGGAGGCGGAGGAGUGGGCGGCGCGGGCGGCGCGUACGCAGACGGCGUCCGCAUGGAGGAGAUCGUCGAGGGCGCGGUGGGCGCCUUACAUAUACUCGCCAGGGACUCGCUCAACAAGCAACUCAUUCGCCAACAGAACGUCAUACCGAUAUUUGUGCAGCUGCUCUUCAAUGAAAUCGAAAAUAUACAGCGUGUUGCUGCUGGGGUGCUUUGUGAGCUGGCCGUCGACAAAGAAGGCGCCGAGAUGAUAGAGGCAGAAGGCGCUACCGCCCCGCUGACUGAGCUUCUUCACUCCCGCAACGAAGGAGUCGCUACUUAUGCUGCUGCGGUUCUGUUCCGCUUGUCUGAGGACAAACCUCACGACUACAAGAAGAGACUCUCUAUGGAAUUGACGAACUCCUUGUUCCGCGAAGAUCCACAAAUGUGGCCAACUGAUCUAGCCAUGCAACCCGAGUUACAGGACAUGCUCGGGCCGGAACAGGGCUACGAGGGGCUGUAUGGCACCCGUCCAUCAUUUCACCAGCAAGGGUACGAUCAAAUACCGAUAGAUUCGAUGCAGGGUCUGGAAAUUGGCAGCGGUUUUGGCAUGGAGAUGGAUAUAGGCGAAACGGAAGGUGCUGGCGCGGCAUCAGCUGACCUCGCCUUCCCGGAACCACCUCACGACAACAACAAUGUAGCCGCCUGGUACGACACCGAUCUGUGAUCCUGUCAAGUUACCACAUCGUAUAUGUUAUUAGACUGCGUUUCACGAACAAUUUGAAAAUUGAACUUAAGUAUCUUUACGUUAAGGUUGUGUUUUCAAUGGGAACAAAACGCUUGUUGACAUUUAAAAUUGAACCUUCUUGUAUAAGACGCUAAGUGCAAUUUCUAUUACAACAUAUUGAUUUGUGAAGCUCCUUUUAAUUUGUAUUAAUUUUAGGCCUACUUUUGUAUUAUUAUGACUUCGUGUUUUGUCUGACGACAGUGUUAUAGUGGAGAUAGAAUGAACCCAGUUAAAAAAAUGCAUGUUAAAGUAUUUUCCUCAAUAAGCAUAUUGGUUCACAAUUAAAUUAAAAGUUCUGAUUUCCAUACUAUGCUAAGCUUGUCUUAUCUAGUGAGGAGAUAUGUGGAAUAUUGUGUUGUGCCAAAUUUAUUCAAUUAUGAACUCAAUGCUGUUGACAUCAACAUGCCACGGCAACCAUAAAGAAGUUUAAAUAGAACAAAAUACCUGUGAUACAAAUAGAGCAGCUACUAGACAGCUCAUUGAAAAAGGAACUCUACCAUACUAAAAUUACGGACUAACUGUGCCGCUCAUUUAAUUUUCCAAUUGGUGCUAAGUUUGAGAAGAUAAAGCACUUCUCAUCAUGAAAAAGUAUAUUGCGUGGAAGCGUACGCCCUGCAUUGAUUGUAUCGUUCUUUUUAUACGCAUACGUAUAAAUUGCGUGUAAUCGGAGAAUAGGGUAAAUUAACUUUUAAGAUUUUUAUAGGCUUUAAUAUUGUAUUUCAUAGUUGUCUAUGUAAUUGAAAUUAUUAUACGCGCAUUUAAAGUGUUUUGAUUUAUUUAAUGAUUAUAGUAUGGGUCGUGUGUACUAUUUUGUUAUUACAAUAAAUUUAAUGUAUGUUUUAUUUAAAUGACGAAUAAGACUGGUCGAAUGAUAGGCACGUAUUUAAAGAUUGACUGCCAUUUUAACAGAAGAAUGAUUUUUUUUAUUGAUUAUAUAAUAAAUAUACGGUAUUAAAAGUAAACAAAUUUGGACUUAAUAAUUUAUUUUUAUCAGUUUAUACUAUUGUAAUUACAAUACAUAUGAUGUUAUAAUUACUCAGGUUGAACUCCCAAUUUUUCAUUACACAAUACAAAAACAAUUUUUUUUAGCAUGAGAUGAAAGAUCCGAUUAUUUAGUUUAUUUCAGUACACACCCACAAUUAUGUAGAAGCCAUAUUUUGGUAAUUCAAUUGUACUUAAAUAAUACAUUUUAUCGUCAGUUUUUCACAUAUGAUAUUCAGACUUAGGAAAUGCACUCCUGAAUAAAUACUAACCCACCCAUAGCAGAAUGUAUUGUUUAGAUAAUGUAAUCGUAACUUAGUCGAAAAAAACGCAUAUGCCGUUAAGAAACAUUGUCAGUUUGAUUGUUAUUGACUCAUUAUCGAAAGAACUUCAUACCAUUUAUAUUAUAAGAUACAUAAUAUAAAUUGCGUUCAGCCUCAAGUGGCAUCUGCGCUUUCUUUGACGAAGUAUAGUAGUAUAAGUACUUAGAAGUAAUUAUAUAAUGUUCUCUUAGGUCAUCCUAUAAUUUUUCUAUUACUCGGUUUAACACUGUUUUAAUUAUUCUUUAAUAGUGAAGACAGUGAUUAAAUUGUUUUGUGUCCAUUUCUGUAUGGAUAAUAAAAUUAAUUUCAAUAA